GUUCCUUUCCUCUCUCUCUCUCAUCUACUAUUCUUCUCCCCCCCUCUCUUUCUCUCUCUCUCUCUCUCUCUCUCUCUCUCUCUCUCUAGAUACCUUCCACCUGAAAACUUCCUCUUAUCGCCGGGAAACAGCUCAUUUGUCCGGCGACAGCCUCCGUGUGCUCUCGGAAAACCGCUUGUUUUUUUUUGAGUUGAGACUCGCCGAUUUGUGUGGCUUCCAUUUCGUAUCGACAACGAUUCGGAUCUCUGAGUUUGACUCGGUUUGUUCCUGUUUGGCGCGUUUUCAGAAAAUGUGGGCUCUUUGCUUCUCUGUUUUGAAUUUUUGAUGCAUAAGAUCGUGAACUAGGGUUUGGAUUUUGGAUUUCUGGACUUGGUUUUGUAGUUAAAACUUCUUGAAAAACGGAGGCUGAUAGAGCGCGACUGCGGAAUGAAAUGGUGGAAGGAAGGGUCUGUUUGUCCAAAGAGGCUAGAAAUGGGUUAGAGUUUCUGAAGCGUAAAAGACUUCAGCGAAUGAAAUCAGAAACUGUCAGCGAAACUGUAGGCAUCACUGGUAUGAUGAGUAGAAGUGGAGGUGAUGCUUUAAGGGCUUCAGCCUCAUGUGGCAUUAGAUUACACAGAAAUGUGGAAUCAUUUGUUCCAUCCGAUGGUGCUCCAAGUGGGAAGGAUGCCUUUUCAAAGCGAAAGGUCGAUAAGUUUGAUACAAGUGAUUUGGAAUGGACUGAGAAAAUCACGGAAUGCCCUGUAUACCAUCCAACAAAGGAGGAGUUUGAGGAUCCUUUGGUGUAUUUACAGAAAAUAGCUCCAGAAGCUUUAAGAUAUGGUAUAUGCAAGAUCGUUUCCCCUUUGAGUGCUUCUGUUCCAGCUGGGGUUGUAUUGAUGCGGGAGAAAGCAGGAUUCAAGUUCACAACUAGAGUGCAACCCCUUCGUCUUGCUGAGUGGGAUACUGAUGACAGGGUCACCUUUUUCAUGAGUGGAAGAAACUAUACGUUUCGUGAUUUUGAGAAAAUGGCGAACAAGAUUUUUUCCCGUAGAUACUGCAGUGCCAGUUGUCUUCCUGAAACAUACUUGGAAAAAGAAUUUUGGCAUGAAAUUGCUUGUGGAAAGACAGAAACAGUUGAAUAUGCAUGCGAUGUUGAUGGUAGUGCCUUUUCAUCAUCUGUCAGUGAUCCACUUGGAAAUAGCAAAUGGAAUUUGAAGAAUGUUUCACAGCUACCGAAGUCCAUUUUACGUCUUUUGGGUACAGCUAUUCCGGGGGUAACAGAUCCCAUGCUUUACAUAGGAAUGUUAUUUAGUAUGUUUGCUUGGCAUGUGGAAGAUCAUUAUUUAUAUAGUAUUAAUUACCAUCACUGUGGAGCGUCAAAAACAUGGUAUGGAGUUCCAGGUCAUGCAGCUUUAGAUUUUGAAAAAGUGGUCAGGGAACAUGUUUAUACCCAUGAUAUUCUAUCAACUGAUGGGGAGGAUGGAGCUUUUGAUGUACUUUUGGGGAAAACAACUUUGUUUCCUCCAAAUAUAUUGUUAGAACAUGGUGUCCCUGUGUACAAGGCUGUGCAGAAGCCUGGGGAGUUCGUUAUCACCUUCCCUAGAGCUUAUCAUGCUGGAUUUAGCCAUGGUUUUAAUUGUGGUGAGGCUGUGAACUUUGCGAUUGGUGAUUGGUUUCCUAUGGGAGCUAUUGCUAGCUGGCGAUAUGCGAUUCUUAACAGGGUGCCUCUUCUUCCCCACGAAGAAUUACUUUGCAAAGAAGCUAUGAUUCUCUCUACGAGCCUGGAAUGUGAAGAUUCAGAUUAUUCAUCUGCAGACUUGAUUUCUCAUCAUUGCAUUAAGGUUUCUUUCAUCAAACUGAUGCGUUUCCUGCAUCAUGCUCGAUGGUCUCUGAUGAAAUCAAGGGCAUGUACUGGUCUUUUGCGAAAUACCUAUGGAACUAUUCUCUGCAGCUUAUGCAAACGGGACUGUUAUGUAUCUUUCCUUAACUGCAGCUGCGAAAUGCAUCCUGUGUGCCUUCGUCAUGAUUUUAAGUCACUUAACUUUUCAUGCGGAAGAAAUUAUACAUUAUUUUUGAGGGAGGAUAUUUCAGCCAUGGAAGCUGCAGCCAUGAGUUUUGAGAAGGAAGAUAGAGUGCUGGAGGAUAUCCAACAGCAAGUAAGAAGUGGGGAUGAUUUGUAUUCAUAUCCAGCAUCAAACAAAUUUCUGAGUGUUAUAGAGGAUGGAUAUUCUCCUUAUUGUGAGAUAAAUUUUGACUUUAACAUGGAGACUGCUGUGACACUUCAGGAUCAGUCACAAUAUCGUAGCCAGUCCACAUUCAUAUGUGGCAUUGAAAAUGAUAGACCUGAAGUCUCAGAAACAUCUGUUGCUUGUUCUGCAUCUACACUCUGCCCUCCUGGAGAACUGAUUGAAAGCUCUUCAGCAGCCAACAAGAAGGUAAAGGGGUGGGCUGACUUUGCCAAUAGGAAUCCUGAAUCUACAAAGUUCUCUGAUGAAGAAUCACAGGACAUGCACGAGUCCGCUCUAUCCCCUUUGUCUCAUGAGAAAUGCGCAAGUAGUACCCAGCAUGGUGAUCUUCAUGAUUCAGAGGCUAGACCUAAUGCAGAUCAUCAAAGUGAUGAUUCUGAUUCAGAGAUAUUUAGGGUCAAGCGCCGGUCUUCUCUCAAAGUGGAAAAAAGAGUUGUGAAUGAUGAUGCUUCUUCAAAGAAUUUUGAAUUCCAGGGGCUGAAACGAUUGAAGAAGCUUCAGUUUGAAAGAAGAUAUGGUCAAACAAUGCCAACAGAAUGCAGCCGAACUGAUGACGAAUCAAAUCACAAUUCUUUAUCCACUUUACAUCGAAAGGAAGCUCCAGAGAGUACAUGGAGAGACAGGUUUGCCAGGGGAAGUAUCAUUCCCAUCUCUAUUAAGUUCAAAAAGUUGGUCAGUGAUGAAACAAUGAGCAGAGAUAAAGAAAACCAGAGAUUGGAUAAGUUCCCGCAUGAGUUGGGGAAGACCAUGAGGGAACCGCCCCCUAUAGAGAUGGGGCCUAAGCGUCUUAAAGUCAGAGGCCCAUCAUUUCAAGGGUCGGAGAGCAGGUUAGAUUGACAUUUAUAUAACAUGAUGAUUGAUGAGGAAACUGGUUGGCCUGUCUCUGGAGCAUCAUCUAGAGCCUGACUCUGCUAACUAUAUUUUCUCUAAUGGGGUUCUAACAACACGGAAAAUCCAAAUGAUUGUGGGAGCAGCAGUAAAAAUUAACCAACUUUAGGAAAUUUUUAUUCUUUGUGCAGGCCUCGAAUUUGGGGCACUUUGCACGGAUGGUGAUUCUUCUGGUUCUCAAGCCAGGGUGUUUUCCGUCUUUGGCAGGAGAACCUUCCUGCAAAAGCUGAAAGUAGAAUUUGGUUAGUAACUCUGUAAAUUUGUUUUUAUCAGCCAAAUUAAUUCUUGAGAGGAAAGGUGAGUAUUCCCAUUACUCCUCCAAGGUCAUUCUGCUGCUUCCUCUUAGGUGCUUUAUUCUUUUUGUAGCAAUCGACUACUUGAAUAAAUGCAGAGAAAUGCCUUUUUUUCUCUCCAA